AUGACCGAACAGCCUAUAACUUUAGACUUGGUGGAUAUUGUCGACAACAUUGUCAGAAAGCAGACACUUUCUUCGUUUGCUCGCCAUGUAUCUGUCCAACUGCAGACAUUGGGAAACCACGAUACGAAUGUGCCUGUAAUAUCAAACUUCGCUGUGGGCUCCAACAAAGACAUUUUCAACCAGGACAAGACUAAGUUGAAGACGUCAGAAGCUUCGAGAUACUUUCUGUGUGAGAAUUGUGGCAGAAAGAUAGCAGGCGGGCGUUAUGCUCAGCAUGUCAACAAAUGCUUAGAGAGAAGAAGAAGAUAG